ACUAAUUGAGGUCAAAGCUUCCUUAUCACGACUUUAUCUUGAUCGUGAACUAAUGCAAAAGCCGAGUGGAAGUAACUUGAAAACAAUGCAGCGACUCACUUUACUCUUCCAUUCUCAGUUUCUCCUGUGCUGGAAGUUUACAACUCCCUCAGCUCAAAGUCUAACAGGAACGUCGAACCCUGGUCGGUUGUCUUGUUUAAGAAGAUCUGAACAUCCUGAAAAAGGCUACACUCUGGUUAAUCACGUGAUUGCUACGCACACUGUCACGUGCCCGAUAGACUGUACGUGGGAAUGCCUACGGGAUGCACGCUGUCGAUCGUUUAAUUAUGCAAACUCAGGGAAAACAUGUGAAUUAAGUGACCAAUCAAAAGCGACAGCCCCAAAUGACUUUGUUUUAAGAAAAGGCGUCACUUACUACGAGCCAACGACACAGAUGGGAGGAAAUAGACCUGUUUGCACCUCGGCUUUAUGUCAAAAUGGUGGAACAUGUGUUGACGCGUGUUGGAAUCCCCGGAUGUUCACGUGUGAAUGUCGACAGGAUUAUAAAGGAGUGUAUUGCGAAAAGCACAGCGGAGUGAGAAGCUGUCAGCAGCUGAAAACCCUGGGAGCGAAUCAGAAUGGCAUUUAUAAAAUCAACCCAGAUGGUCAAGGGGUCAUAAACGUGUACUGUGACCAAACCACAGAUGGAGGUGGGUGGACUGUGGUUCAGAGACGUUCCCGUCCAUACAAGCAAAGCUUUAGACGAACGUGGGUAGAGUAUCGAGUAGGCUUUGGCGACUUGUCCAAAGAAUUCUGGCUUGGAAACGACAACUUGCACCGAAUCGCCUCUUCAGACAGCAUUCUUCGAAUAGAUCUGCACCGAACCAACGGCACAAAGGGAUAUGCCAAAUAUGGUGGGUUUCGGGUAGCUGACGAAACAGAAAAGUAUCGAUGCGACAUGACUUCGUACGAAGGAAACAUCGGAAAUGGGUUUUAUGGAAAUACAGAUCCUAAAUUGAACAUCCGAGGGAUGAAAUUCGGCACACCAGACCAAGAUAAUGACAACUACCCUGGCAAGUGUUUUCCUGGUGGUGCAUGGUGGGCAAACCAAUGUGGCGAGGUUAAUCUCAAUGCAAGGGAUGGUCCGGACUGGGGUCCUUGGACUUCUCAGCCUUACCUAAAUCUCUCUGAGAUGAAA